CGAUCAUAUAAUCAUAUGAUAUUGGGGUGCUGUAUAUUCUCUGACCAUCCCUCAAUGAACCACUCUCUGACCAAGCUAUGGGCUGUGCUUGUUGCCUGCCGAAUAAUUUGGACCCUCUGGCCACAACAGGGGUACAUCCACCCUGAUGAGUUUUUCCAGUCGACUGAAAUCGUUGUCGGUGACAUACUCAAUUUGGAUGUGGAAAGAACAUGGGAGUUCAACAACACGCAGCCCCUUCGAAGUAUUUUCUUCCUACACCUGAUUUACGGGUUGCCUGUGAGGUUACUCGCCUUUCUGCAGAAACUUGGUCUUUUCGAAAUAUCUCCAUAUCUGCUUAUCGUCGUUCCUCGACUUGCAGUCACUGCUUUGAUGUUCACCGUUGAUGCAGUCUUGUGGAAGUCAAGUAAAUGCCUGGGUAUCAAACCCUGGUUUUCUCUCUGCCUUUACGCCAGUUCCUACGUGACUCUGACUUACUUGACCCGUACUCUCUCCAACACCAUCGAAUGUCUGCUCUUUGCGAUCAUCUUGUACAUCGUCCUGCCGAAAUUUGGCACCGGCUGCGGCGGUUCGAGCUCUUCACGUCGUACUAGAAAGCGACAGAGGCAGCAGAAAGAGGAACAGCAGAAUCCGGUUUCCGUGGUGGACAAUUCUGCUUCUGCCAAAGCAAACAAGAAAGCAGCCACUUCUGCAAAGUCUGCCAACGCUGUUGCUCCCUCCUCCGCAGCAUCAGCGCCGACAAAGUCAGGAAAGGGCAAACAGAAAGGUAAAAAGACGAAAACGAACCCUGGCUCGAACACUGCACCACACGGGCAACAACAACAAAAGCAAAAACAGCAACAACAAAAACAACAACAACAAAAACAACAGCAACAAAAACAGCAAAAACAACAGCAGCAACAAAAACAGCAAAAACAACAGCAACAACAAAAACAUUCACAGAAGCAACAAAAACAACACCACCAACAACAACAACAACAGCAACAACAAGUAUUGAACUCGCAAAAAAAUCACCAAACAUUCAGUGAAACUGAUUUUGUCAAGACUGAACUGUGUGUCUUGGCUUGCUGCUUCGUUGCCGGUACCUUCAACCGACCUACGUUUCCAUUGUUUGCCGUGACACCAAUUCUUGCAUGGUUCUAUUGCACUUGUCGCACCAAGCCUGCAACUCUAGUGAAAAACAUGGCCCUGUUCGUGUUGUUCUCCUUGCCUGUGUGCAUCGUCUUUGUCUGCGUCGACAUGUUCUACUACCGGAUCUCACCAACAGACUUCUUCAAUGCACUCGAUGACUGCAUGCACCUCGGCGGGCCUGCCAGUGUGACUCUAUGUGCAUGGCGCGUACUAGCAACUCACGUUACUGUUACCCCAUUCAACUUCCUCCUUUAUAAUACGCAGGUCACUAACCUCGCCGGACAUGGGCUCCACCCAUCCUAUCUCCACGUCCUCAUCAACAUGCCCCUUCUUUACCAUAUUCUCUACAUCCUUUUCUUCUACAAUAUUUACCAAUGCUUUAGCCAGUCCACAAAGCUCCUCAUCCCCUCUUGCGUGCUGUCUUUAUUUGUCGUUGUACCCGUUACCAUACUCUCAAUUUUCCCUCACCAGGAACCUCGCUUCUUGCUGCCACUUCUACCAUUACUCGUCCUCAUUGGUGCGCUGGUGAUCGAGCAAUGCAAAUGGAAGUAUGCUAUGCAUUUGUGUAGUACUUGGGUGAUUUCUAACCUUGUCCUGGCCUUCUUCUAUGGGUUUCUUCAUCAAGGUGGAGUGAUUCCAAGCCUGAUGACUGCUAAAUACAACCAGAUUUCACCGCCACUCGAUUCCACUGGCAUUUCCGCUCCGUGUGGAAGCAGCAGCAGCAGACAGGACCACCUUGUGUUCUACCACACAUACAUGGUACCGAAACACUUGUUGCUUAACCAACACGAUAACAUCACCUUGGUUACUCAUGAUCUGAGGGGGGGUGCCAUGCCUCUGUUGACUGACCUCUUGCACAAACUGCUCUCUGACGACAACAACAAAAAUAGUUACCAUAGCAGCAAAAACAACGACGAGAAC